AUGAGUCAAAUAAAACCACCUGACCCACUCGAUUUUACAAAAGCUGAUACUUGCUGGCCAGAUUGGAAGCGACGUUUUGAGAGAUAUCGAAUAGCAAAAAAACUGUUUAAAGAAGAUGAGGACAUUCAAAUUAGCACACUUCUAUACACUAUGGGGAAUGAAAGCAGCAAGUACGUGUUUACACAGUUUGCUUUGAACGAAAAAGAAGCGAAAGAUUACGCAUUCGUACUCAAUAAAUUCGAUGGACAUUUCAGACCAGAGAGAAAUAUUAUUCACAAACGAGCUAUGCUUCAUGAAAGAUCUCAACAAAGUGGCGAAUCAGCUGAAACUUACAUACGAAGCCUUUACGAGAUGGCCUAAUAUUGCGAUUUUGGCACAGCGAAAGACGAUUGUAUUCGUGAUAGACUCGUAAUCGGAGUUAGUGAUAAAGGUUUGUCAAAGCGCCUGCAGUUGAAAGAAAAACUGACACUUGCCGAAAGUGUAAAGAUGGUGAGACAAUCCGAAAUUAUACAGGACCAACUUUUCAGAAAGACCAACUUUCAAUACAAAAUGAAACAGCGAAAUCUAUAGAAGAAAUUAAUAAACAGAGAUAUCCAAAGCGAGACAAUCAUACCCACAAGGAAAGCUUCAAGCGAGGAUGUUCUCGGUGUGGGUUAAGUUAUGGAUCCUCGUACCAUGCUAAGAACGCCAAAUGUAAUAAAUGCAACAAGAUUGGUCACUACGCGAGAUGUUGCAAAACGAAGCAGUUAACCGAAGUUAGUUGCAGAUAUACGCAGGGGAACAAAAGCUCCGAGGAAGAGUUUUUCAUUGGAACGAUAACUGACAACAAAGACGACCCAAGAAGAUGGCUCGUUGAUCUGCCAAUUAAUGGUCAUAACAUGAAGUUCAAGAUAGAUUCUGGUGCUGAUGUAUCGGUAAUGUCGCUGAGUUCUUAUGAGAAUAUGUAUGACGCUCCAGCUUUGCGGCCAACGAGUCACAGACUCAAAGGAGUCAACGGAGUAUUAAAGUGUAAAGGAACGUUUUCAUCUAACACUGAGUAUCAAGGAAAAGUAUACAUGUUUGACAUAUAUGUUACUGAUUCUGAGAACAAUUUACUUAGCAGAACUAUGGCAGAGAAGAUGAACUUGAUUAAACUGAACAUUCAAGAAGUUCAAGGAGGAAAACAAAUAGGAUUAAUGAAGGGCGAGCCCGUUAAAAUACAACUGAGAGAAGGAGCUAUGCCAUUCCAUUGUAAUACCGCCCGAAGAGUCCCAAUACCUCUCAUGCCAAAAGUAAAGCAAGAAUUAAAACAGAUGGAAGAAGCUGGUGUUAUUGAGAAAGUCACUGAGCCCACUGAUUGGUGCUCUCUGAUGGUAGUGGUUCCAAAACAAAACGGUGAUGUAAGGAUCUGUGUGGAUCUUCGACGGCUGAACAGUGAAGUUUGACGUGAAAGAUAUGUGUUGCCAACGUUAGAGGACAUGGUGACAAAAUUAAAUGGUGCCACAGUCUUCACCCACCUUGACCUUACUUCGGGAUAUUACCACAUCGAGUUGCACCCAGACAGUACCAAGUUAACGACGUUCAUCACACCGUAUGGGAGAUACUGCUUUAAGCAUCUUCCGUUUGGAAUUUCCUCAGCAAGUGAGAUCUUUCAGCGCCAGAUGACAGAAACGUUGGAAGGCGUUGAAGGAGUUGAAGCCUCUCAAGAUGACAUUCUGGUUGCUGGUCGUACCAUGGAUGAACACGACGAGAAGUUGAGGAAGGUCCUUGACGUUAUUCAAGAGGCUGGUCUUAAGCUGAACCUGAAGAUGUGUGUGUGGCGGAAACCCGCAGUUACCUUCUUGGGACACAAGUUCAGCAAAGACAGUGUGCGCCCUGAUGCAGACAAGGUGAAAGCUAUUGUUGAAAUGUCUGCAACUACCAGCGUCCAUGAACUACAACAGAUCCCGGGAAUGAUCAAUUAUAUUGGGAUGUUCAUUCCGAAUUUGGCAACAAUAAUGAAGCCAAUGAACAACCUUUUGAAGAAAGAUGUCCAGUGGUUGUGGGGACCAGCGCAAGAGAAGUCGUUCGCCGAUGUCAAACAAGCCCUUGUAAAUGCAAUGACAUUAACAUUUUAUGAUCCUCAAAAGCCUACCACUGUAUCUGCCGAUGCUACUAGUUUUGGUUUUGCAGCUGUUAUCUUGCAAGAAGAGAACAAUCAAUUGAAGCCAAUUGCUUUCGCAUCCUGUACACUCCUGCCUGCUGAGGGUCUGUAUGCCCAGAUCGAAAAGGAGUGCUUAGCUUCCGUUUGGGCGUGUGAGAAAUUUGAUAGAUACCUUCGAGGUCUACAACAGUUCAAGCUGCUCGCUGAUCAUAAGCCGCUGGUACCAUUGAUCAAUGGAUCCGACCUAAAUUCCGUCCCGAUAAGAUGUCAACGAUUGCUUAUGAGAAUGAUGAGAUAUAACCCGAAAGCACAGCAUGUACCCGGGAAGGAGCUGGUCGUCGCUGAUACCCUCUCGAGGCAUGCGUUGCCUAUGUGUGACGAAGAAGAUAAGCGAACAGUAGAAGAAGUUAGAAUGUACGUUAACGAAGUCACACAAUCUUGGCCCAUAUCGGACGUUCGUCUUGAUGAGAUCAGAGAGGCAGCUGUAAAGAUUUGGUGAUACAAGAAGCCAUGAAAUUCACAGUUGAAGGUUGGCCAACAAAAUCUAGUAAUCUCCCACGUGAUCUCCAUGAUCUGUAUUCCGUUCGAUCGAAUCUUUCGGUGGCAGAAGGACUCUUGGU